AUGUGGACCAGGAACAUUUACUUUAGAAAUGGCUUGCGAUUAUCCAAAUUCACAUUUUAUAGGAAUUGAUAUAAAUCCAAUGUUUCCAAAAGAAAUUAAACCAAGAAAUGUUGAUUUUGAAGAAGCUGAUGUUUUAGAGGAUUUACCUUUUGCUGAUGAAACAUUCGAUUUUAUAGUACUAAGAAAUAUGAUAACUGCCUUAACCGUACAUGACUGGGAACUUAAAAUAUGGAGUGAAUUGAUUAGAGUUCUUAAACCUGGUGGCUAUAUUGAGAGUACGGAAUUUGAGAUUCCUGCAAUAAACAGAGGUCCAGUAACUUAUAGAAUGAGUGAAGCAUGGAUCGCAAUAAUGAAAACAAAAAAUAUUGAUUUAUCAAUAACAACACGUUUAGAAGAAAUAUAUAAAUCCACAAUAUUAAAAAAUAUUGAGCAUAAAUCAAAAAUGAUUCCAGUUGGAUCUUGGGGUGAUCGUAUUGGUAAAAUUAUGGCAGAUGAUUUUGUAAUGUUAGCUAAAGCAAUGUGUCCAGUUUUAAGACCGAUUUGGGGUAUAACUCAUGAACAAUAUAAUGAUUGUACCGAAAGAUUUGUAAAGGAAUUAGAUGAAUACAAAACUUAUUGUAAUAUUCAUGUGGUUUUUGGUCAAAAACCUUAUUUAAGUUAA